AUGAUGCAGAUUUCCGCUGUGUCUGGCAGAACAGUUGCUCAGGUGGAUGAAGAUGAGUUGCUUGACAUGGUUGAAACUGGAAAGUCCUUUUUGCACCUAAAGCAGCUCCUUUCAACUAAGGUUGGACACUCAAGAUUUCGACAAAGGCUCUUGAGUGAUACAAUCGGCGAAUUGCAUGACAGCAUGCCGCUAAUACCAGUUUCAAGUGUGCAGCUGGUAAUCCUGGACUUUUGUGCUCCAGACGAGACUAAGUGGGAUGAGCUAGAUCGAGGCUGUCGGGAGAAUAAUGUGCGGGCAGUUGAAAGCUUGCUUCAGAAACCGUAUGAUCCCAACUGGAGAGGUGGUGCUUUCAAUGCUACGCCCAUUCAUAUUGCGGCUAACAGAGGCCACUUGGAGGUUGUCCGAUUGUUGCUUGAGGCUGGAGCCGACAAAGAUGCAGUAAGGACAGAUGGGGCAACCGCUUUGUUUAUUGCCGCCAAGAAUGGCCACUUGGAAGUUGUGCGAUUGAUGCUCGAGGCUGGAGCUGACAAAGAUGCAGUACAGACAGAAGGGCCAACCGCUUUGUUUAUUGCAGCCCAGAAAGGCCACUUUCAAGCUGUGCAGUUGUUGCUGGAGGCCGGAGCUGACAAAGAUGCAGUACAUGGAAAACGGGCAACCGCUUUGUAUAUUGCAGCCCAGGAAGGCUACUUGGAAGUUGUGCGAUUGUUGCUGGAGGCUGGAGUUGACAAAAACGCAGCAAUAACAGACAAUGGGUCGACGCCUUUGCUUAUUGCCAUCCAGAACGGCCACUCGGAAAUUGUGCGAUUGUUGCUCUGGGGCUGA